CUUUGUCUUCAUGCUUGCAGGAGCCAAUGCCAACUUGAGGGAGCAGCUCAGCGGGGCCCAGACCGCCCUUCACGCCAAGGAAGCCGAGUGCAACGUCUUAGUCCUGGAGCGUGACCGCCUGGCCAAGAAGUUGGCCGACCAGGAGAAGAGCCACAAGGCGGCCCUGAAGAAGGCGCAGGAUAGCGAGGACGCCCUCAAAGCUGAGUUCGAGACCGAAGCGGCGGGCUGGGCUGAGGCAAAACAAGCGCUGAGCGAGGGCUACGGCCGGGUUGAGGAUCUGAUCGAUGACUACUUCCCCGGCUACUCCGUCAUUGCCACCCAGACGAUCGAGGCCCACCGCGAGGCGCGCCGGCAGGUCUCAAUCUCACAGGCACCAUCAGAUGGCCUGGUCAUCGGUCCUCUUGAAGGAUAA